AUGCCUCGCACAAGAACAGCAAAGGCCGCCGCGCCUUCGUCUCCAACUGCGGAAACACCCAAAGCAUCCAGCAGCAAAUACACUCUCGAAGCCACAACGACGGCAUCGCCGAAGCUCUUUGUCCUACCCAAGGCUGCCUCGAAAGAAGCCAAAAUCGUCACACUCCCCAACCCUCGAACCGCGAAACCAUCCCGCUACCUCGUAUGUCCUCAGACCGGCUUCUACGAAUUCACCAAGAUCGCAGCACCAAAGAGCGUGCCCCGAAGCUGGCUGAUAGAGACGACGAGCGACUCACAAAGAAGCGGGCAGACUAUUUCGAACGCUGAAUUUUUCAUUGCUUCACCACUGGAUCCGGUAUUCCUCUUACUGCCGUCGCUUGCCGAUUCUUCGAUAGCAAAGGGCUCAGACGACAAGAAGAAGCUGUUCCUCUCCGGCGACGAUUACUUCGAUCAGCUUCCAACAGAAUACUCGCACCUCGAGGAAAUCCUACAAUGGACAGAAUCGAAGACUGUACUCGAGAAGCGCAUGGCAGCCAUAUGCGACACGGUAGACGCAGGGGAUGAAACGAUGUUCCGAAUCAACAGGGAGAAGCUUGUAUCGCUCUGUUUAAGCAAAGCUAGAACAUUGUCCGGUUCGCUGCCCAUCAGCGUGGAGAAGCAAUUUGUGGCAAAGGCUCUACAGGCCCCCGUUGUAAACCAGAGGCGGGCUCCUGUGCAGAAGAGCGCGUCGACACUGAGCGAAGCCCCAGAUUCGGGUACCUCGACGCCUCUCACUGAGACGCUGGAAUCGCAAUCCUCAGCUGCCACAAUCGAGACGGCAGCCACCUCGGUGGAUCAGGACACGGUCGAGGUGGAAGAAGCAAUUAAACCGACCGAGGACGUGGUUGAACUACAAAGACUUCGUGUUGCCUUGGAUUUCAUAUGCGACCGGUACAUCUCGCCAGCCGUGACGCAAUGGGUUAAAGAAGGCCUAGCCUCCAGCAAUGUCCAAUUCUCAGCCCUAGACGAAUAUCUGGCCAAGGUUGCCGAACUUCGUGCCGAGGCCUUGGCAGCAAGAUCCUUGGGCGACUACUCUCGGAAACACAUGCGAGACGAGGACGAUGACGAUGCGCGCGAACAGAAGAAGCGCAAGAUGGAGGAGGAGAAGAGACGGAAGCAGAACCAGAGCAGAGGAGUCAGGGAUCUAAAGAAGGUGAAUACCACGGGGAUGAUGAAGCUCAGCAGCUUCUUCCAGAAGAAAUAA